AUGGCCAGCACGGACAAUCCCCUGCCAUCGCAACUUACGUGGAUGGUCACCGGCUGCUCUUCUGGGCUUGGGAAGCUUUUCAUACCGGCCGUCCUGGAAAGGGGUGAUCGUAUUAUUGCCACCGCUCGCAAAAUCGACUCCCUGAGGGAAUUCGCAGACCACCGAGACGUGCGCUUGCUCCAACUCGAUGUCACAGCAUCCGAGGCAGAGAUCAGGCGCAAAGUCACCGAGGCGCUAUCCUUCUCCGGGCGCAUUGAUGUGCUCGUCAAUAACGCGGGAUAUGUGAUGUCCAGCGUAUGGGAAGAAAUCCAAAUGGAAAGCCUUCAGCAUCAGUUUGAGACCAAUGUAUUUGGUCCGAUGCGGCUCACUCAAGUAGUGCUGAAGCAUAUGCGGCCGCGCCGGUCGGGCUCGAUUCUCUUCAUGAGCAGUAUUGCUGGCUGGUUAGGCGUCGCAGGCGGUGGACCUUAUAGCGCCUCGAAAUUUGCUCUGGAAGGCGCCGUGGAGAGUUUACACGAAGAAGUCAAGCAGUUCGGGAUCAAGGUGCACCUACUGGUGCUUGGUCAAUUUCGAACCAAUAUACUUGGAGAUGGAAGGUCGAAGUUUACACGUCCCGCCGACUCGCUAGCCGACUAUGACACGGUGGUGGAGACUCUGAGGACACGCCAGCAGCAAACGAAUGGAAAACAGCCCGGAUGUCCGAAGCGAGCGGUAGAAUUAGCCCGUGAUGUUGUCCGACAGGAAGGGUCCGUGCUAGGGAAGACGGAACUGCCUCUUCGGAUAUUUAUGGGAUCGGAUGCAAUAGCGACUGUGCGGACAAAAUGUCGUUCGACUCUGGCGAUCCUUGAAAAGUAUGAGGCGAUUGCAACGGCUACCGACAUUCCUGGAGCGGACCCUGUCCAGCAGUAUAGCUAG